AUGCCACUGCUGCGGAAGGCGCUGCGCGUCUCCAACCGCUCCAUGCUCGCCUUCAUCUUCUUCUUCUCCUUUUCCUCAUCCUGCCUCUACUUCAUCUAUGUGGCCCCCGGGAUCGCAACUACAUAUCUCUUUAUGGUGCAAGCUCGUGGUAUAAUGUUGAGAGAAAAUGUAAAAACAAUAGGACACAUGAUAAGAUUGUACACUAACAAAAAUACUACACUGAAUGGCACAGAUUAUCCUGAAGGAAACAACUCUAGUGACUGUGUUGCUCAAACAACAAUGUAUCUUCCAGAGAACUUCACCUACUCUCCUUACCAGCCUUGUCCAGAGAAGCUGCCUUACAUGAGAGGCCUUAUUGAUGUCAAUAUGAGUGAAAUUAGUUUUGAUGAAAUUCAGCAACUCUUUUCAAAAGAUUUAGACAUUAAACCAGGAGGACACUGGAAACCAAAUGACUGUAAGCCACGGUGGAAGGUGGCUAUCCUUAUUCCUUUUCGGAAUCGUCAUGAGCAUCUUCCAAUUUUUUUCCGCCAUCUGAUACCUAUGUUGCAGAAGCAGCGGCUGGAAUUUGCCUUCUAUGUUGUUGAGCAGACAGGUACACAACCUUUUAAUCGUGCAAUGCUCUUUAAUGUUGGCUUCAAAGAGGCUAUGAAGGAUGCUGUCUGGGACUGCAUAAUAUUCCAUGAUGUGGAUCACUUACCUGAAAAUGACAGAAAUUACUAUGGAUGUGGAGAAAUGCCACGCCAUUUUGCAGCAAAGCUGGACAAGUACAUGUACAUCCUUCCAUACAAUGAGUUCUUCGGUGGUGUAAGUGGCCUGACAGUGGAACAAUUCAAGAAGAUCAAUGGUUUUCCAAAUGCCUUUUGGGGAUGGGGUGGAGAAGAUGAUGAUCUUUGGAACAGGGUUCAUUUUGCUGGAUACAAUGUAACAAGACCAGAAGGCAAUUUAGGGAAGUACAAAUCCAUUCCUCAUCAUCACAGAGGUGAAGUCCAGUUUUUAGGACGAUACAAACUUCUGAGGUACUCCAGAGAACGUCAGUAUAUUGAUGGGUUGAACAAUUUAGUAUAUACUCCUAAAAUACUUGUCAGUAGGUUGUAUAAAAAUAUAACUGUUAAUCUCAUACCAGAACUUGCUCCUGUUAGAGACUAUUGAUGGAAGUGGAAUGGCAAGAUAUCCUACCAGAAUAAACUUUUAACACUGGAAGCUACUGAUAAACACUGUAAAACAAAACAAAACCAACAAACAGCAGCUUAGAAAUAGAGUUUUUUUGACCAACUGAUGAUGCAUAUUUGGGAUGAGAAGUGAUUGUAUGUACCAUGCAUUUUGUUCUGAAAGAAAAGCCAGCAGCUACCACUCAGAUGUUUACAGCAUGAGACUACUGUUCAAGCCUUCAUUCUUCACACUAUCUUAACUACUCAACUAAAUGAACUGCAGAAAACAGACUUGUAGCUUCUCUGGAAGUAAGGAUAGAGGCCUCUUCCAGAAAUUUUUUAUACUAAACUGCCCCUCCUCAUAUUUAAAUGAAUGCUUUUGUUUCUUUUUAAAAUGUGUUUUGUAAAUAUGUGAUGUAAAUUAAUGUGUGUACAUUGCUUUUCAAUUGUUCAAUAUUUUAUGCUUCAGUAUGUAUUUGAGUGUGUUCUCAUUUGAAUUCUAUAGGAAUGUUUUUAUUAGCAUGAAAGAGCAAGUGUAAAAUGUAAGUAUGCUUAUAAAAAGGUUAUACCUUAUGUGAAAUGAAGGAAAUAUUAAUUGUUGGCCAGCUAUGACUGUAAACUGUUAUACUAGUUUUGAGCUCUAGGCCUCCUGCAUAUCUAUAUAGAAAAGUCAAUUUCUUAUAUGAACCUGCUAGAAAGAAAGCUUUUAAUUUUAUUUAUUGCCAGCAAAAUUGUAUGAUACCCUGCCUGCCAUCUGAAUCGUAUUUAUAUGCAUAUUGCAUGUGUAUUACAGAAAAUCUUGCAGUUGUUGCAUAUUAUGAUCUACAGAAACUCUUAACUGUUUCCAAGUGUGCCACUAGUGUCAAUGUCAGGGAAAUUAAUGCCUAAAAUGAUGUGUCUGGGUGCGUACAGUAUUUUGGUAUUGUUCUUUUUUUUUUCUUUUUAAAAUUUUUUUUUUUUUAAUUCUAGUAAACAGCACUUUUAUUCCUCCAAAAUCAGAAGAGCCAAAAAUGUGUCUUCAUUGGAAGAGUAUUACAGUUAGAUUUUUAAGAGAAUAAUAAAACAUAGUUCUAAUAGUUCAAAUGCUUGCAGUGUGGGCUUUUCAGAAGCACGGUGUUGGUUGCACUGUUCUGCUGAUGAGGAUGGUGAUGACAUAAGCAGAACAGGAAGCAGGCCAAUCCCAAGGGCUUUUUAAAAUUCCACUCAUAAUAUAUUAUUCAAUAGAGCUUUUUAAGGGCCUAUUCUAGUAGAGUGCUGAGUGCUUCUAUGAUGCACUGAGGAACCUCAAGUCGAUGACUGUCAAUGAGAUUGAGGUUGCAGAAUCCCUCUAAGGAUUGGUCCUGUUUCUCUAUUUUUGUGGUGUUAAAUGUAUGAGUGACUAGCCUCUUAUCUUCUUAUUUUCUCUUUGCUUGUAAUGUUAUGCUACCUAGAAGUAUCCCACUGCUAAGCAUUAUUAUCUUUCCUUAUAUUUUUUUACAUCGCUUGUUAAUACAAAGGAAAAGGACCAGGUCAUUUAUUUUCUAUGUUAAUGCAAAUAUAGUGACCAAGAUAUACUAAACUGUUUUCUUUGUCAGUUACUCAACUCUUUAGGAACCAAAGACUGACUUCUGCUCCCAUAAAGAAUGGAAAGCAGUAUAUAUAAUAAGGAUUGUUUAUCCAUAGAGUGUUCUGUAAGAGUGUUGACAAAAGUCUUAACUUUGAGUCAUUAUUAUAUGUUGGUUUCCUGAAUUGCUGCCUCAGAUGGUGUGGUGCUUUGUAUGUUUUAAGUUCGUUUGCCAUAAAUACCUUUUAUUUCUUUGGCAUCCCAGCAGCAAAUUUUGCCCUUAGCCAUCCUUCAGUAACGUUAUGAGCUUAGCUGUAGGCAUCCCAAAUAUUUAGUAGAAAUAUUAUUAUUUAAUUUAGUAGUUGAGAACAAUUGUAAGGGAUAGUUUAUGCCAUACUGGAAUUACCUUAAUAUCUAAAAGUUAAUCUAAUAUGCUUUAGGAAUGAUGUAAUACAAUGAAAAAAACUAGAAGCAUAAAGUGAUGAAAACAUCCUUCAAAAGCAUGCUUAAGUGUUUUGCUCACCUCUUGAUAGAUUUUUCUAUGAGUGGGUGUAUAGAACAUUCUGAAGCAUAUGUAGAAAGCAGAGAUAAUACACAGUAUGAACAAUUAUAUCUUCAAAAUAAAAUUAGUCUUAUUUCAUAGUGGACUAUUACAGUCCUUUAAGAACAAUUGAAUAAAUUUUUAAAUCCCUCAUGUAAUUUUGAAGUAAUUUCUGGUUUUCAGUACAGGUUCACCUACAAUUUCACACAUAUGAUUAUGAAACAUCCUUUGGUACCGUAGGUCUGUACUGUUUUCUCCAGCAUGCUUUUGUGCCCAUUUCUUAGGCAUUCUGUGAAAUUUAUGUGCAAUUAAAAAAGAAAAUCUAAUGCAUAUAUAUGUAUAUAUACUUACAUAUAUACAUACUAUAUUACACAUAUGCUGUGGCUGAACUAAUAUAACUUUACAGCUUUAAGUGAUUGAUCAUGUAUGGUCCUAGAAAAAUGUGAUUUAAACCAGUAUGUGAAUGGAUUGUGACAUAUAGCUGAGUUCUUAAAAUGUUUACAUUUUUGUGCCCCAAAAUGAUGGAUGUUAAAUUAUGAAUUGUUGACCAACACUCUUCUCUAAAUACCUUUUAUCAUUUUGUUGGGAAGUUUUAGAAGUUGCCAUCUUAAAUUACAUCAAAAUAGUGUUUGUAUACUACCUGCUUGAACUCAGUACUUUCUGUAGUGAAUUUUAACAUAGACAGUGCCUUCAAACAAAAUAAAUAUGAUGCAGAACUAA